UAUCAAAAUUUGCAACAAUAAAACGAAUUAACGGCAACAAUUAAUAAAACAAAUCAAACAACAACAGUAAGAAAAACAGUGAAAAAAAAACAAAAAACUACAACAGCAGCAACAAACAAACCGGUUAACCAGCAAAUCAAACAAAAAAUAAAAUAAACAGGAAAAAAAUAGCAAAUCGAAAUAGCCAAAAUUUGUUAAAUUUUUAAACAAAAUUUCAAUUCUGGACGCAAAUUGUAAGAAAUUUGAACAUUUUAAUGAAAAACUUUUAGUUCGGUAAUUUUUCGUGUUUAAAAUUUUGUUCUGAACUGUUCUGAACACGAGUGUCAAAAAAGCCAAAAACAACAACAAACAUAUGUGAAGAACAACAAAAAUUUAAGAGCUAAAAGCAUAAAUAAAGAACAAAAAAGCUUGAAAGCAAAAAGUUUGUAUGCAAAAAUUGCCCAAAAGGGAAUAACAAGCGAAUAGUGUUGGCCAAAAUAAAUAAAAAAAAUAUAUUUCUUCCAAGUGUUGAAAACCAGCGUGAAAAGUGUGCGCUUUGAUAGCGGUGUAUAUAGUGAGAACAAAAGAAACAACAAUUUUUCGAAAUUUGCGUCGUAAACGCUCGGAAAAAACAUUUUUUUUUUAAACAAAAACCGUUUCGAAAGUUUGCACGGCGCUAUUCAGCACACAUAAAACACUAUUUCGAAAGCGUAUAGUUUAGCGCGGUCAAAAGCGUUUUUUAAAAAGCUUUUAAGGACCGGUUGCCAGCGUUUAAAAGUGCAAGUGCUUAAGCACAGCUGCGUGAAAAAGUGAAAUUAAACGCAAUUAGUGCAACAAACAACACAGUUGCCAGUAUUAUACCGAAAAAUAUUGCUUGAAAGCAAAAUUUAUAGAAAACUAAAAAGUCUUGUAUACAAAAAAAGAAAAAACAAAACUUUUUGCAAACAAAUUUUGGACACAAAUUUUUAGCGUUAGUUAAAAGUCAUGGAUUCUCUGUGCGAAAACCAAAUAAAAAUUGCAUAAAUACAUACACACUCACCCACAAAAAAAAAAAUUAUUAAAAUAUACAUAAAUUUUAUUAAUGUAUUGUGGCACAAAAUAAAAUAAAAAACACAAAAAAAAGUUUCGGAACAAAACAAAAAUAAGUAUUCCAUUUGUAUGCGUAAACUAUUAACGAAAUAAAAAAAUAAUAAUACUUCAUGAACUAUAAUUAUGCCAAAUAAUAAUAGCGGCAAGCAAACAUAAAUAAGUAGUAGUCGAGUUUUUCAUAUAGAAUUGUGCGCGAAAAAAUUACUAUUUCAAAAGUCUAAAACUGAGAAAAUCCAGAAAAUUAAAGCUACAAAUUGCGGCAACUUUUCGAACGGAUUUAAGAAGUAAACAAAACUGCACACAUUUCCACAUAAAAAGAUACAAAAUAUUUUGGCAACAGAAAAAUAUCAAAUCAAUAUCAAUUGCAACAGAGGAGUCUACGGAAUAGAUCGAACAACGCUGCAACGUCUACACUUGUGAAACAAUUUCAUCAAGCACGGUGUUGGAAACAGUUUUGUACCAGCAGGCAAYAACUACAAACUGGCAAGCGGUUUUGAAUUCCAAAAACAACUACGAAAUUUGAAAAGAAUUUCAUGAAAAGCGAGAGAUUUUAACUUURGACACAAAAACACAGCAAUUUUGGACUAGGAGUAAAGAUUUUUAGCRAGAACAUAAAGAAAUAACAAUUAGAGUGUAAAGUCAAAUAAAAUAAAAAUAUAAACACAAAAAUCAUAAAACAAAAACAACAAAGCAUAAAAUUUAAUAAAAAACWAAAACAAGGUUUGAGGAGAAAGUCAAUAAAGCGCGUUAAGAAAAAAAUCACACCUGGCAAUAAAAGUUAAAAACCCAACAAAAUAUGAGUAACCCCUUGGAAACAACAAACACAACAACAACAGUAACGAGUAAGCACAGCCAGCAGCUGUAUUGAAGCAGGCAGUGCUACAAAGCGAGAACGGCGAAUCACAGCCAAUGAAGAGCAAUAUUUGAAACAAGAAAUACAACAACAACAAAAUCAGCAAAGUUGGAGCAGCUGAGCAGUAAAAGUAUAUUGAAUGAAACGGUCAAAAUGGGCUUUGACGAGCAAUAACAACACGAAGUGUAAUUCAAACACUAAUAUUUACCGUUAAAAUAACAAAAUCUACGCCAAAGGAGUUUAGCACUCCACACUAAGAAGAAACUCCCAGCAGCUUUACAAAAACCCGCGCUAUAAUACAUUACACCACGUAGGGCGGAGCAACAAUCACAAUACACACACACUCACACACUCCUUCCUCCAGCGAUAUGGCGAUCAAUUUCUCCGCAUCCUUUGCGGCUUGCAUCGCCGCUGGACUGAAGGUACCGCGACAAAUAAUGUAUUGCAUCACGCAAGACACCGGCCAGCCCUAUGUGCUGUACAAGGACUCGCAGGAUGGCGAACGCAAUCCGGCCGCGAUUGGCGGUUCGGCCGCGCAGUGGGGCAGCGAAAUGUAUCCGGGCAUACAGCAGCAGGCACAGCAACAUUUGCAAGCGCAACAACAACAAAAUGGCCAAAACCCAGCCGCACAGAUAGCGAGCGCCGCGCAAGCAGCCGCCGCGGCGGUGGCGCAACAACAACARCAGCAGCAGCAACAACAAGGCCAACAGCCGCAAAGUCCSACGGGCGAUCCGCGCGAAAAUGGCGAUGGCGUGGGACGACAGCAGGGCUCGCCCUCGACGAGUCCAUAUCCGCCGCAGCAGCGCGUCAACGGCGGCGGCCCACCCGACGAUGAUGUCACCAUGAAUCAGGUUGCCAACCUGCAGGCCAGCCAACAGCAGAACUCGGCGCAAUCCAAUCCAAACCAAAGCAACAAUGACCCGCAACAACAUCAGAGCACGGGCCGCGAUGGCGGCGCGGGGAAUCCACAGCAACAGCAYGUACAGAAUGGCGGCCCGACGCAGCCGGGCCAACCUAACGAUAACUUCCAAACACCGCAGGGCGGUGAACUCGGCGGCUAUUAUGCGCCRCGUCAUCCAGCGCCGCAAGGCGCCAUGCUGCCGCCACCCGGCUUUCCUGCACUACACUAUCUCAAUAAACCGGUGUUGCCCGGCAUGGCGAACGCCAUGGAACAGAAUGGUGGGCUCGAGGGMUACGCCAUGCCCGAGCUGCUGCCAGGCGGCGCCGGCGGCGGUGGUGAUCAGCAAGGCAAUAAUGGUCAGCAGAAUGGCGGCGCUGGCGGUAAUGGCGGCAAUGCACAYAACAGCGGCGCAAAUGGCAGCGGUGGCGGUGAAGGUGCUGUAGGCGCUGCAGGUGGCGCCGGCAAURGCAAUGGCGCUGGCACUGGCACGGGUGGUGCUGGUGGCGCGGGCACAGGUACUGGCACCGGCAGCGGACGCGGUCGCCAUCCAAAUCCCAAUAAACCGCCGAARCCGCACAGCGAUUUGCGUUUGUUCAAGUGUUUGACCUGCGGCAAAGAUUUCAAACAGAAGAGCACACUACUGCAGCACGAUCGCAUACAUACCGAUGCGCGUCCGUAUCCAUGUUCGGAGUGUGGCAAACGUUUCCGUCAACAAUCGCAUCUGACACAACAUUUACGCAUACACGCCAACGAGAAACCGUUCACGUGCGGCUAUUGUUCGCGCAGCUUCCGUCAGCGGGCGAUACUCAACCAACAUAUACGCAUCCAUUCGGGUGAGAAGCCCUACGCAUGCCCAGAGUGCGGCAAGCACUUUCGCCAGAAGGCCAUCCUCAAUCAACAUGUGCGCACCCACCAAGAUGUCUCACCGAAUCUUAUCUUCAAGAAUGGCCCACAUCCGACACUGUGGCCACAGGAUGUACCAUAUCCGGGUGAUGAGACUGAUACGAAGAAUGAUAUAGCCGGUGGUAGUGGUUAUCAUGACGAGGAUUCACAGGGUACGCCAGACGGCAGCGGCGGUAUACAUUAUCCGUCAUACUUUAAGGACAGCAAAGGUAAUAAGAACUGGCAAAAGAUCUUGCCAGAUGUGCUGCAGCAUAUCGGCGUGCGGCCAGCCAACAUGCCGCUCUAUGUGCGUUGUCCAAUCUGUGACAAGGAGUUCAAGCAGAAAACGACACUGCUGCAACACGGCUGCAUACACAUCGAGUCGCGUCCGUAUCCGUGCCCCGAGUGCGGCAAACGCUUCCGACAGCAGUCGCACCUAACGCAACAUUUACGAAUACACACGAAUGAGAAGCCGUUCGGUUGUUUGUACUGUCCGCGUUUCUUCCGACAGCGCACCAUACUGAAUCAGCACAUUCGUAUCCACACCGGCGAGAAGCCGUACAAAUGCGCGCAAUGCGGUAAAGACUUCCGUCAGAAGGCCAUACUGGAUCAGCACACACGGACGCACCAGGUAGGCGAUCGUCCAUUCUGCUGCCCAAUGCCAAAUUGCCGACGUCGCUUUGCCACCGAGAAUGAGGUGACCAAACACAUCGACAACCACAUGAAUCCGAAUACGACAAAACGGCCACGUCAAAGCAACACGAAUAAUCCGAAUGCGGCCAAUGCCAAUAAUCCGAAUGCCAACAGUCAUGCGGCCGCCGCCGCCGCCGCAGCCGCUGCCAAUCAUCUGAUGAACGAGACCAAGAAUGCGGCACAACAAUUCCUCAACAACAACAAUCCGGCUGCGGCUGGUGGCGACAAUAAAGCGAACAUUUUGCCACGCGCCAUGGCGGCCGUACAGAAUGCGGCUGUGCAACAGUCGGUCGUCAAAAAUGAAUUGUACUUCCCGCAGUGUUAUGGACCACCGUUCCAGCAAACGUUUCAGACGCAGGGACAGCCGACAGCGGCGCAUAGCGGCGGUGCCGCCUCACAGCCGCCCGUCAAUGUGACGGUGCCGAAUUCGGUGGCGCCCGGUGUGGUGGUGCAACAGAACACGCCCACAUCGGUGGUGGCUCAGUGACAUCCCACCACUGCGACAGCAGCCGCUGCAGCGGCGGCGGCCGUGGCGGCAGCAGCAGCAGCCAAUAAUGCCGGCACACAGCAAGGUGGGGGUGG